AUGGCCACAUUGCACUAUCUUCCACCCGUCAAGCCUUCGGCAAUCGCCCUGGGCACUGUCUUCACUCACACUGCUUCUCUCGGCAUUCUGGCCCCGGUCUUUGGUGAUGCCUACCACCGUGCUCAAGCAGCCAACUCCAAGGAAAGCUUCAUGAAAUCCAAGGAGACCAGCAGCGCCGUCGCUGCAUGGGGCAGUUCUGUUAUCGGAAGCGCUUUCCAAACCUAUGGAGUUGCUGCCCUCAUCAACGCCACUGGUACCUUGACAUAUAAGGGAGCUGCCUACCUCGGAACUCUGAUUUUCUUCGCUAGCUCGGCUCCAAGCUUUAUUUCUCAAAUCUUCACUGAAAAGCGCCCAUUAGACACAAUCGCUAUCGGCGCCAUUAGCAGGGUGUUUGAGACUGUCAAAUUGGUUCAAAUGUAUUAUAAACAUGAAACACUAGCAGUUGAGCUUCAAUGUUGA